AUGGCUGCCAAUGAUCCAGACGCUCGGAAGAUGCAAGCUAUGCUGCGGAAUAGUAUCGAAGGCUUUUGGGAGGUGCACAAUGAUCAGACUACGACGACUAUCGCCCUUGUUGGCCGGGAAUUGUCACAUAUCAAGGCCCUUACGCAGACCGCAACCUGUCGACCUGGUAGUCGCUCGGCUUCCCUAGACACGAUGAUCAUGCUUGAAGCAUCCAUCAAGAAGAACAUCUCGAGUUUGAAAUCGCAGCGUGAUGCCUACCAGAACAUGACCAGUAGCAUCGAGAACUACGCCACAGUCUCUGGUUUCAACAAUGUGGCUCAGUACACUCACACACUCUCGGUCUCUAGCUCAGAUGAUAUCGAAAAGCUAAGUGCCGAAUUCGAAAAAAUGAUGAGUCUCGCAAAGCCUGUCAUAUCCGACGAGGAUAUACCUGCUAUCAUCGCUGGCGUCAACAUUGGCCAGAUCGAGUCCAACAAGCGCAAGCGUAGUCAGUCCACCGAAAGAGGCACAGAUGAGAGCGUCAAGAAGGCGAAGAAGACCGCAGAAGACGUCAAAGAAGCCUCUACCGCCCUACCAGGUCUCAGCAACCCGCCGGUCAGCGCUGAAGGGACCAGUCCAAAGACUGCUACGUCUACUACAGCUGAUGCUGCUAAUGCCACCGCCUUACCCCUCCUCGAAGACCGUAACGAAAUUCUCGAUGACUAUGACUACCACGCCGGCAGCCUCUCUCCACCUCCUUUUCCACGUUGUCCUGUCCAGUCCACUUCCGCCGACGACUACGAUCCCUUUGCCGACGACCCCGACUCCGGCGAGGAUGGCUGCCACAUCAGCACCCCACAGAUCAGUGUCGAACAGGAAAAGGACUACAGCGGAACCCACAGCGACAAGGAGAAUGAAGACGGGGAUGAGUACGACAACGUUGACGGUGAGGGUGACGAGAACGAUCAUAUCUAA